AUGUAUAACCUUUUAGUAUUAUUUUAUUUUUAUAUACUUGAAGGUAUACCCUAUGGUGUACAAUCACGAUUUCUUCCUUUAAUAUUACGCAAAAAAGGUGUUUCGCUUACAUCAUUAGGCUUAUACAAAUUAUUUCAUAUUCCUUGGUUAUUUAAAAGUUUAUAUGCUCCAGUUAUUGAUAGACAUAUCAAUAAACGUCUUUGGUUAUUUAUUACUUUCAGUGGUCUUUUCUGUUGUACAUUAUUAUUAUUUCAAGAAAGUGAACAUUUAACAUUGAACAGUGAUAAUACUUUUGUUUAUUCUAUUCCUAUCUGCCUUUUUAUGUAUAAUUUUUGGGCAGCAUCACAAGAUAUAACUGUUGAUUCAUUAACAAUUUCAAUUUUAAGAUUAGAUCAAUUAUCCAUAGGGAAUACUAUACAAGUUGUUGGAUAUAAGAUUGGUGCAAUUAUUGGAGGUGGAUUUCUUGCUUGGUUAUCAGGUUUUAUUCCACUAGGCUAUCUUUUUAUUUCACUUGCUUGUUUUUAUGCAUCUGGAAUAUGCUUCUGUUUAAUUGGAAAGUUUUGGAAAAUAUUCUAUGAAAAUGAACAUCAUCAAAUUUGUAUCCAAGUAGAUGGUGAGAAGAAUUCAGAACGAGAAAAAGAGGAAGAAGAAGAAGAAGUUGAACGAAAAUCGUAUUCAUAUACAAGAGCCUUUAAGAUAGCACUAGUUGAUUCAGUGGAUUCACGUUAUCUCAUAGCUCUUCUGCUUAUCUAUAAACUUGGUGAACAAGGAGCUAUGAAUAUGCUACCUUUAAUGCUUUUUGAUCGAGGAUUUACUAUGUCAAAAAUUGGAUUUUGGACUGGUGUACUUGGUCAAUUGGCAUCUAUUACUGGGUCUGCAUCUGGACAUUAUGUUCAAAAACAUUUCAAAUCUCCACUCACUUCUAUUCUGUAUCUGAUGAUAAUUCGUGUAUGCCUUCAGUGUCCCAUAUUACUGAUUGCUUUCGAGUCUAUUUCAAUAAAAAUACCCAACUUAUCUUUUUGGAUUGGUUGUCUAUUAAUGAAUUGUAUAUUAUUCAUCAGUGGAGCAAUUACAACAAUAAUGUUCACUUUAAUGAUGUAUUGUACGUGUACUGAAACAUCGAAAGCCUAUCAAGCAACUCAUUAUACUAUAUUGAGUACUGCAGAACUUUUGGGAAAACUUAUGUUUGGUACACUGGCUGCUUAUCUUACAGAUAUUUGUGGAUAUGCUUUCGCCAAUUUGAUAUUUUUAAGUUUAUCUAUACUUCCAGUACUAUAUGUGAAUAAGUAUUGUUUAGAAUUUCAAUUUUGUUCAUGA